AUGUUUGUUGAAAUCUAUAAUGCAUCAUCUUACCAUCGUGUUUUGAACUUAGGUGGUUCAGUAUUUUCUACUUCAGCAGCGUCAACAAAACUAAACAAUCAGAAAUAUGUUAGUACGUAUAAUCAUUUUGAUAGUUUGGGUGUACUUCAUUUUUUUCUACUAAUAAUUGAUAUACAAACCAAAUCGAUCGAACUUAAUUUAACAUUAAUCGAAAAACAUGAUUAUGGAGACUUUUCUCAAAUAGCAGUAGCGAAUGAUGAUGAUGAUGACAUUAUUGGUAUCCGAGAAAGCGCAAGUGGUGGAUUAAGUUUAGAAGUAGCAAAAAUUAAUCGGACAACAGGUCUCAUGGAAACUAUUGGAAUAUAUCCAGCUGGUUCAUUUAGUUUUGUAAUGGUCUAUGCAUCGAAACGCCGAUUGUAUUAUAAUGUUAUUGAUUCGACAUUGUAUGGUAUCAAUAUUGAUACAGGAAAAUUAGACGUCAAUAUUCGAAUUCCAAUGGAUUAUACAAUAUAUGGAAUCGACUAUGAUUCUACUAAUGAUACUCUAAUUGCUCUAGUUUAUUCACGUUCAACGACAAACGGCUGGAUUUUAGCUCAAAUCAUCAUUACAGCAAAAUAUGAAAUUCAGUUUGAUCGUAUUGGGAAAAGCGAAAUUCCGUUUGAAAAAUAUAUCUGGUCAACAACGUACACAAUGAAUACGAAUAAACGUUUAUGGAUAACACUAUGGAGUAUAACAAAUGAAAAUAAAAGUAAUUUUAUUGUAUUCAAUAUUGAUAACGGAGAAAUUAUUGAGAACCGGACAACGCAUUUUAAAAAUUUGAGCAAUUUGGUUUGUUUCGAUCGACUUUAA